AUGAAAAAUCACACUUCUUUAACUGAGUUUGUCCUAUUGGGAUUUACAAACAACCAAGAGCUUCAGGUCAUGAUUUUCAUCUUCCUGUUCCUCAACUACAUAUUCAGUGUCAUGGGGAACAUGACAAUCAUCACGCUCACCUUGCUGGACUCCCAUCUCCAGACCCCUAUGUAUUUCUUCCUCCGGAAUUUUUCCUUCUUGGAAAUUUCUUUCACUACUAUUUUUAUUCCAAGAUUCCUAAAUAGCAUCCUAACAGGGAAUAAUACCAUUAGCUUUGCUGGCUGCUUCACUCAAUAUUUCUUUGUCAUAUUCCUUGGUGCCACAGAGUUUUAUCUUCUGGCUGCCAUGUCCUAUGACCGCUAUGUGGCCAUAUGCAAACCUCUGCAUUACAAGACAAUCAUGAACAACAGAGUCUGCACCCAAUUGGUUCUCUGCUCUUGGCUGAGUGGUUUCCUAAUCAUCUUAUCCCCAAUAAUACUGACCAGCCAGCUAGAUUUCUGUGCCUCCAAUGUGCUGAAUCAUUUUUACUGUGACUAUGGACCCCUCCUGGAGAUCUCCUGCUCAGACACCAGCCUCCUGGAGCUGAUUGACUUUAUCUUAGCAAUUGUGACCUUGGUGAUCACUCUGGCACUGGUGAUGCUUUCAUAUACUUACAUCAUCAAAACUAUUCUGAAGAUCCCAUCAGCACAACAAAGAAAAAGAGCCUUUUCCACAUGUUCUUCCCACAUGAUUGUCAUCUCUCUCUCUUAUGGCAGUUGUAUCUUCAUUUACAUCAAACCCUCAGCAAAAGAAGGAGUUGCCUUCAACAAGGGAGUAGCAGUGCUCAUGACUUCUGUAGCUCCCCUAUUGAAUCCCUUCAUAUACACCCUAAGAAACCAACAAGUGAAACAAGCCUUCAAAGAUAUGGUCAGAAAAAUUGUGAGUCUUUAA